CUAAACCGUUGGCGUGUUCGUUUUCAGAUUACGGAAUAUUUCAGAUGACUUUGAGGAAGUUUCCAAACAGGCAUAGAAACGGCCAGUGUUUAGAUUGCAGUAAUUCAUCAUGUCACCACAAGCCAGCAAAGAAGAGGGGGAGAAAAUGACAAAGACUACAUUAGUCGUGCCACCAUCUCACUGUCCUCAUUCAUUGAUUUUGCAUACUCUUGGACACUUGCAUUCAUCAGUGCUCUUCACACUUGAACUUGUUACUUUGAGCCUCAAGAUGUUCCAGGUCCAUACAACCAGAAAAGUAAUCUUCCUUUUAUCCAUGCUGGUGGUUUGUUCUUCAGUGUCUGACAGACAAUGUCCACCAGACCUCACUGGAUGGCCUGGCCCUCCUGGACGACCUGGUUCUCGUGGACCUCCUGGCUACCCUGGACCUCCUGGCUACCGGGGACCUCCUGGCUCCCUCGGACAACCUGGCCCCCCUGGACCACCUGCCCUCCCUGGAAAACCGGGCCUACCUGGUCCACCUGGCACCUUUGGACCUCCCGGCCCCCCCGGACCACCUAGCAAGACUGGAUCAUCUGGCCGUGAUGGACCUACUGGUCCCCAGCAAUCUGCACCUGCUCUGAAGGAGCGCCUUUGAAUUGAGGAACAACAGAGAGAACAUGCAAUCAUCUAUUUUGACAGACGUCCAGCGCGGCCGACAACCCAAUAACAAUGGCGCUGAUUGGCUGAUCCCUGCUUCGCAAACAAGUUCCUUAACCAUCGUGUUUUACAAUAAACUCUUCACUUCAUCACAGAUGUAUUCAUUCAUUUGGCCACUUAAAAAAAUGUUGACUUUGAAUUGACUGUCCUGAAAAUGAACUCUGUUUUACAUAUCAUACAUAUUCUCAUGUAAUCUGCUUUCUCAUCAAAUCUAAUACUCAUGUACUUUGCUUUCCCAUCAAAUCUGUACUAAUGCACUCAUGUUUUACCAUUUAUUUUAGAGCAUCAAAUAAAGCAAAUAAAAAAAUGAUGUGAACGAA